AUCAUCUCACCUUAUACAUACCUAAUUUUCCUACCAAAGUAUACAUAAUGAUCUGUACAUUAACCCCAAUCAACCUCUACAACCCUUCGGAAUAUGCCACCCUCCAACACCAACGCCGCAUCUGCGGCUGGGACUACAGCGACGAGAGCAUACUCGCUUGGCGUGAGAAACAAGACGCUGACUUGAAAACAUUCUUCUGGAUUAUCCUCCCGAGCAAGAGUGGUGACGAACCCAUCCGCGCCGGCCACAUCUCGCUCGACGCAUACACAUCUCCUCCCGACCCAGGACUUGCGCAAGCUGAUCACUCAGUCUUGACCAUUCAAUCUUUCUUCAUUCUGCCAGAAUACCGGGCUGGAGGUGUCGGUCGUCGAGCUAUGCAGUUGGUGGAGGAAAUGGCGGUGAACGACCCCCGGUGUUCUACUGUUACUGUCAAUGCAUUGAGCAAAGAGUACCUUGAAAAUGAGGAGAAGCGCGCAUUCCUCAAAUCGAUGAACGCAGUACCGGAGUUUGCGGCGGUGUUGUGGUAUGAGAGACUCGGAUAUGUGAGGUGGAAGACGGAGCCGAGAUAUCCGUAUCAGUUGCCUCAGGGGGGAGAUGGUAUGUACGAGGCAGACUUUUUGAGGAAGAGGUUGCGGUAGGAGUCGCUGAUGAGAUGAUUGUGUGAUGUUCUCUUGGUCGUCGGUAUACCAUUUUGGUGGUUGGUUUGUGGUGCAUUGAAUAGGGAUAGACUUAUCAGUGUGACAGGGGAACGGGAUCGAUGAUUCAAAGUAGUGAUGGACGAGGAAGGAAGACGUUGAGAGGCGGUCUAUAUACAUUAUCGUUCUGGAAGGAACACUAUUGAUGAUCAGAGACAGAAUAGGCAUUAGCUGUCCCAAAUGAUAUCAUAACGCCCAAUAGUGGUUGAUCAUUUGAACGAGCUGUCAAUUGACAGCUGCCGUUACCCCAUCUUAGGAUCGAUCUCACACUGAGGUUUCACAAAUCGCGGGCAAAAGUAGUACAGG